AUGGAACAGUUUUCUGCAGCUGUGGAUGCUCCAGACCCACCUCCUUCAAUUGACGCAGGUGCCUUCCGAGGGGUAUGUAAGAAAAUUGACCAUUUCCCUGAAGAUGCAGACUAUGAACAAGAUACAGCAGAGUACCUGCUGAGGGCUGUGAGAGCGUCCAGUGUCUUUCCUAUUCUCAGUGUGGGACUGCUGUUCUUUGGGGGACUCUGCGUGGCAGCAAGCGAGUUCUACAAAAGCAGGCACAACGUCAUUCUCAGUGCGGGGAUCUUUUUUGUAUCUGCAGGAUUAAGUAACAUCAUCGGGAUUAUAGUUUAUAUCUCAGCAAAUGCUGGAGACCCUGGCCAAAGUGACUCCAAAAAAAGUUACUCCUACGGCUGGUCCUUUUAUUUUGGAGCCUUAUCUUUCAUCAUUGCGGAGAUCGUGGGUGUCAUCGCCGUGCACAUAUACAUUGAGAAGCACAGGCAGAUCCGUGCCAAGUCACAUUCUGAGCUGCUGAAGAAAUCCACCUUUGCCCGCCUCCCACCCUACAGGUACAGGUUCCGGAGGCGAUCCAGCUCCCGGUCCACAGAACCCUGCUCCCGAGACCUGUCCCCUAUCAGCAAAGGCUUCCAUACCAUCCCUUCCACUGACAUCUCCAUGUUCACCCUCUCCCGGGACCCCUCCAAGGUCACAAUGGGGACCCUCCUCAACUCCGAUCGAGACCAUACAUUUUUACAGCUCCACAACUCCAUUCCCAAAGAGUUCAAGGAGUCACUGCACAAUAACCCUGCCAACAGGCGCACCACACCUGUCUGAGUGGACCUUGGCCCUCUGCCCUCUGCCCAGUUUUUCCCAUGCCCAGUGCAGCCUUUGGGGGAAGUGUACAGAGGUGUCUGUCAGAUUGCAUGGCAUAGUCCCCGUGAUGGUAUUACCAGUGAAACCCUUGUUUAUAAAGAAUAAAACCAAAUGGGCCUCAGCCCUCCCCUCCAGUCUUUAUUCCUCUGCCCUCCUUUCUGAGACAGUUUCCCUUUCUGAGGUCUGAGCCUGAAAGCCAGCCCUACAUGACCAAUCAUUUUCUGGGUCUCUCAGUGCCAGAUGUUUCCUCCUCUUUCUUCAUUGGCUAGAAAGAUCUUGGCCUUCUUUCCUCCUUCAUCAGAAAGGAUCUGGAGGAGUUCCAAAUGGAUUGUGGGAGGGCUCCACCAAUCAUGUGAAUAGGUGUAUAUCCCUAUCAUCCAUCCACACUGAGCCUCUGCAGAUCCAGUGACUCGGAAGUUCCACCCCAGGGGGAAUCAUUAACCUGAUAGUUACAUGUUACGAGAAAAUUGCCUAGAAAUCAAGAACGUCCAAGCACUGACACGGCUAAUGUCAUGAGCGCUUGUGUUAUUAAAAAUGUUGCCUUGUUGUAACCGAUUGAA